AGUCAGCUAGGAGGCACCAAACUGUUAGCGACGAAAACGCAGCUCUUGGUGACUUCCACUACCCUCCCACCCCCACUCCAGGCAUAUUUUGGAGGCGGCAGCAGCGGUGGCAGGAUGUGAGGCGAGCCUGGAGCUCACUUCCCGGGCGCCCCUCCCUCUUCGGAGCUAGGGGAGACGUGUGUGGGCUUUUUGCGCACUGGCUGGAGGGUUCCCUUGAAAGGCUGAAGCCGCGAACAGGCGGGAGCGGGGUGGACAGGCAGAGUUUGCACCUGCCGCCUGCGCUUCUGUCAGGGGGAGAGGGCAGCCGGUGGGUCUGCUGCCUUCUGGAGUGUGUGUGCCUCACGAGGGUCGCGAGGGCCACAGGCUGAGGCGCCCGCGCCCCGGUGUGCACCGCCUGGCCGAGGGAAGGUGCAGCUGGAAAAAGGCUGCUCUGAAACGAAGUCGCGCAGAAAGAAGAGUCUGGGAGGCAGGCGACUUAGGAAAAUCUAGUCACUGAGGCAAGAAGCGGCACCUGCCAUUCUCACUAAGGAGCUGAGUGAUUUUUAGGAACCUUCCGUAACCUCUCCCUCUCCAGCUUCCCCCAAAAGUCCUCAGAAGCUCCGCUGAACUCUAGGAAUCUUCCCUGGUCGGGAAGGGGAAGUUUCCUGGCAUCCUCUUUGGCUAAGAACAGGGAGUGGAGAAAACAGGCGGGGCUGUUCUGUCCGUUGCUUGGGGACACAAGGUCUUCCUCACGCUUUCUCCAGCCCCGCUCGUCUUGAGGUAGCCUGUCCGACCGCCCGGGAAGUCCGAGCCCGCGCUCUCCGGAACCCGGCUCGCCAUCUCGCCCUGGACAUGGAACUACACGCCUGAGACGACCUGGACGUUUUGCUGGCUGUUUUGCGAGACUCAGCUGCCAAGGAAAGUGAACGAUGAAGCUGCCAUUUCUUUUGGCCCUUGUGGUCUGUUCUGUAGUCAGCACAAAUUUGAAGAUGGUGUCAAAGAGAAAUUCUGUGGAUGGCUGCAUUGACUGGUCAGUGGAUCUCAAGACAUACAUGGCGUUGGUGGGUGAACCAGUCCGAGUGAAAUGUGCCCUUUUCUACAGUUAUAUUCGCACCAACUAUAGCAUGGCCCAGAGCACUGGGCUCAGACUUAUGUGGUACAAAAACAAAGGUGACUUGGAAGAGCCCAUCAUCUUUUCAGAGGUCAGGAUGAGCAAAGAGGAAGACUCAAUAUGGUUUCACUCAGCUGAAGCACAAGACAGUGGAUUCUACACUUGUGUUUUAAGAAACUCGACAUAUUGCAUGAAGGUGUCAAUGUCCUUGACUGUUGCAGAGAAUGAAUCCGGCCUGUGCUACAACAGCAGGAUCCGCUAUUUAGAAAAAUCUGAAGUCACAAAAAGAAAAGAGAUCUCCUGCCCAGACAUGGAUGACUUUAAAAAGUCCGAUCAGGAGCCUGAUGUUGUAUGGUACAAGGAAUGCAAGCCAAAAAUGUGGAGAAGCAUAAUAAUACAGAAAGGAAAUGCUCUUCUUAUUCAGGAAGUUCAAGAAGAAGAUGGAGGAAAUUACACAUGUGAACUCAAAUAUGAAGGAAAACUUGUAAGACGAACAACUGAAUUGAAAGUUACAGCUUUACUCACAGACAAGCCUCCCAAGCCAUUGUUCCCCAUGGAGAAUCAGCCAAGUGUUAUAGAUGUCCAGCUGGGUAAGCCUCUGAACAUCCCUUGCAAAGCAUUCUUCGGAUUCAGUGGAGAGUCCGGGCCAAUGAUCUACUGGAUGAAAGGGGAGAAAUUUAUUGAAGAACUGGCAGGUCACAUUAGAGAAGGUGAAAUAAGGCUCCUCAAAGAACAUCUUGGAGAAAAAGAAGUUGAGUUGGCACUCAUCUUUGAUUCAGUGGUGGAAGCUGACCUGGCGAAUUAUACCUGCCACGUAGAAAACCGAAAUGGACGGAAACAUGCCAGUGUUCUGCUGCGUAAAAAGGAUUUAAUCUACAAAAUUGAACUUGCAGGGGGCCUGGGGGCAAUCUUCCUCCUCAUUAUACUGCUAGUAGUCAUCUACAAAUGCUACAGCAUUGAAUUGAUGCUCUUCUACCGACAGCGUUUUGGAGGUGAUGAAACUACUGAUGACAACAAGGAAUAUGAUGCCUAUCUCUCUUACACAAAAGUGGAUCAAGAUACUUUAGACUGUGACAAUCCUGAAGAAGAGCAGUUUGCUCUUGAAAUACUGCCAGAUGUCUUAGAAAAACACUAUGGAUAUAAACUCUUCAUCCCAGAAAGGGACCUGAUUCCGAGUGGAACAUACAUUGAAGAUCUCACAAGAUGUGUUGAGCAAAGCAGAAGACUUAUUAUCGUGCUAACUCCCGACUAUAUUCUCAGACGGGGAUGGAGUAUUUUCGAACUGGAAAGCAGACUCCAUAACAUGCUAGUCAGUGGAGAAAUCAAAGUGAUUUUGAUUGAGUGUACAGAAUUAAAAGGGAAGGUGAAUUGCCAGGAAGUGGAAUCAUUAAAGCGCAGCAUCAAACUUCUGUCCCUGAUCAAGUGGAAGGGACCCAAAAGCAGCAAAUUAAAUUCUAAAUUUUGGAAGCACUUAGUAUAUGAGAUGCCCAUCAAGAAGAAAGAAAUGCUAUCUCGGUGCCAUGUUCUGGACUCUGCAGAACAAGGACUUUUUGGAGAACUCCAGCCUAUACCCUCUAUUGCCAUGACCAGUACCUCGGCCACUCUGGCGUCAUCUCAAGCUGAUCUCCCUGAUUUCCAUCACUCAGAUUCAAUGGAAAUGAGGCAUUGUUGCAGAGGGUAUAAACACGACAUGCCAACUACCACCUUGCCAGUACCUUCCUUAGGCAACCACCACACUUACUGUAACCUGCCUCUGACGCUACUCAAUGGACAGCUGCCCCUUAAUAAUGCCUUGAAAGAUACCCCAGAAUUUCAUAGGAACAGUUCUCUGCUACCUUUAUCAUCCAAAGAGCUCAGCUUCACCAGCGAUAUUUGGUAGUGAAAAAUCUGAAUUCCCUGAACAGCUAUACGAGCAUACAGAAUUUCUGCUAUACCAAGCAUAAAGUACACCUAAUAACAGUGAGGUGCUGGAAAAGUGUUUGAAGAAAAAGGCACAGAAAUCGCUUUUGUACUUAAAUAUUUUGUUUACAUUUCCUGAGUAGUGGGGGGAAAGAAGGACCUGCUUUUGUAGUACGGCACCUUGUUCCAAUGUAUAGUUUUGAUUUCUUCCUGAAAACAAAAAUUUAAAAACCCUGUUGUUUUAGAGUAGGUUUUAUGAUACCACAUGGACUAUGAGCUCAGUAGGUGAGCUACCUUCCCCAUAUCUAUGAAUAUUUCAGUAUUUACAUGGCAUUUGAAAUAAGGAAGACUUAAAGACUUUAAUUGAAUUUGAAAGUUCUACACUAAGUUUAAGGAGAAAAGAGAAUUUCCAUAGACUUCUGAAAAUUCGGGAAUUUAUCAAGCAAGAAAUGUUAAAGCACUCCAGUUGGAAGAUUGGAAAGGAAGAUCAGUUGAAAAAAAUGUGAUUGAAACAUUUAGAACUUCCUCAACGUAAUGAACAACUUCUGUAGACAUAAAUCAGCAGCUCAUAAUAACAGCUUUUAGAUUUAUUAGGCAAGCACAUCUUCUGUAGGCAAACUGGUAGGUAGGUAAACAAUGUGCAUUUCUUAAGCAAAUGAAUAGACAGGCUGUGAAUUCUUUUAGGAUGAUUUUGAACAACCCUUGUGGCUUUCUAACUUAUUUCAAAAAUUUUACAACUUUGAAAACACAUUUUAAAGUGUACAUUUUAUUGUUUGCUAACAAAUUCACAUUUGGAUUUUUUUACCAAAUGAUCUCUUGACCUGCUAAGAGCGUUAUAAGAAGAUGCAGACGUCUUCCUGCUUUUCAUCAGCAUCGUUGGAGUUCGAAUUUAAAUACAUAUUGACUGCAAGUGUCAGCAAUUGAAAAGCAGUAAUACAGCAGUAUUCACAGAUGAAGUGCUAAAUGCUUUCAGUUUGCUAGUGGUACAGUGACGAUUGCAGAGAUUCUCAUCUGCAAUGUAGUUGUGAGACAGACUAUUCUGUACAUACACAGUGUCUGCUUGGCCGUGUGUGCAAGACUCCUACAGAAGUAUCUCUAUUCCCGGUGCUUCAAAGAGUGUAUUCGAUAGACUGAACUUCUCUACCCUCACAUAGUGACUGUGACUGUACCAUACCAGAAAAUCCCUGUGAAUAAUCUAAGAUAUUGCCUAUUUGCUGUAAGGAAUGUGCUCCUAUCCUAAUAUUUAUUGUGCAUUACUACUUUAUGUUCUUUCCAAUUGAUCAAAUUAGAUGUGCUCUCCACGUAGGUUCCUGUGGGUGUCAAUUGUUAAUCAAGGUUGAUUCUAGCAUUUUGCAAAUGGUUCUUAAAUCAUGUCCUUGGACAAAUAUAAACAAGGACAAAUGUACACAGUGUGUAAAAAUUAAGAUUUGCCCAGCUCCUGUAAUUGUGAAGCCCAAAUGUAUAAUUGAACAUUAGAUAAUAUGCUUUGGCUAUGUCCUUAAACAUCUUUUCAUUAUUGAUUCUUUGUGAUCCACAAGUUUUGUUCAAAGUACUUGUUUCUCUGUUGCUUUUCUUUAUCCAGCUGUUCAGAAAAUGCAUUAUGCACCAACAGUACAUGAAAGCUUAGCAGUGAUACAUGUUCAUUUCACAGUGAGACAAUUAGUUUUUCCUCUGAAAAGUCCUGUUAAACACAUGUAGGUGUUUCAUAGAUGUAUUUUUUCCACUGAGAAAGGUGAUUUUGUUCUGUAAAAACUGUAAGUAUUUCAAAAUUGAAAUUUAUCAAUUCUGAACUGUUUUCCAAGUGUUAUAAAGUUGUAUUUACUCUGGUUGUUCUUUAAUGCCAUGUGUAAUUACUAAAUUAAUAAUCUGCAUGAAGUGAGUAGUAUAUGUUUAAGUGACCAAUUGUACUUUUCAUUAUUUUAUUUUUAACAGAAAUCUAGAUUAAUUCAAAUAGAAUGUUCAGUGGUAUUUUUAAACUAAUAGUUCUGUAUUGAGCAUGCCAGUUCUGAAAAUAUAACAUGGGUCUCUCUGCUUCCUUUAUUUACAAUGAUUAAACGUGGGUAGCAAUUUGAGUUGGCUGGCCACAAUGUGUCCUUUCACUACUAGUAGGUACUCAAAAACAGAGCAUUCACACUUGUGCUAGGGAACUUGACAAGAAACCUUUUCUACCAUUUUCAGGAACCAAUGUGUACACUAUCUAUAAAAAUUUAUUUCUAGAUGGCAAUUCAAAAUUUAAUUUUCAUCUGAGAUUUUUAAAA